AUGGCUGUCGGAAAGAACAAGAAGCUCUCCAAGGGCAAGGGUAACAAGAAGAGGGCUGUCGACCCCUUCACCCGCAAGGACUGGUACGACAUCAAGGCACCCACCUUCUUCGAGAACCGCAACGUUGGCAAGACCUUUGUCAACCGAUCGCAGGGUCUCAAGAACGCCGAUGACUCGCUCAAGGGCCGCAUCGUCGAGGCUUCGCUCGCUGACCUCAACAAGGACGACGAGCAGGCGUACCGCAAGUUCAAGCUGAAGGUCGACGGCAUCCAGGGCCGCACCUGCCUCACCAACUUCUACGGCAUGGACUUCACCUCGGACAAGCUGCGCUCGCUCGUGCGCAAGUGGCAGUCGCUCAUUGAGGCGCACCAGGAUGUCAAGACCACCGACGGCUACCUCCUCCGUGUCUUUGUCAUUGCCUUCACCAAGAAGCGUGCCAACCAGGUCAAGAAGAACACGUACGCCAAGUCGUCGCACAUCCGCGCCAUCCGUCAGAAGAUGUUCGAGAUUGUGCAGCGUGAGGCCAACUCGUGCGAUCUGCGCGAGUUUGUCGCCAAGCUCAUCCCCGAGGUGAUCGGCCGCGAGGUGGAGAAGGCCACCCAGGGCAUCUUCCCCCUCAAGGACGUCUACGUGCGCAAGGUCAAGGUGCUCAAGGCACCCAAGGACGACUUGAACAAGCUGCUCGAGGUGCACGGCGGUGCCGCCAUCGCCGGCGCCGAGGACGCCGGUGUCAAGGCCCGCAACACCGAGUUCAAGGAGCCCGCCCCCCUGGCCUCUGUGUAA